AUGAUUUUUCUCUAUCCAGGCAGGUCCGUUAAGGCUACUCCUGGUGUAGUUGUUACACUACAAGAAAUUACGAGAGUAAUUGCUACUAAAGUGCCUGAAGAAAUUGAUGCAUGUUUACAUGAUGGCAGUUUAUGGUUGCUACGUAACGGUUGUAUUGGGUGUUACAAAGAAGAAAAUUUUGAGGGAGAUGGGAAAGUGCUCGAAAUGAUGAAGCAUGAAGUUCCUAUAGCUCUUGGAAUGUACAAUAUCAGGAUUCAGAUCUUGUGUAAGCUUAAAAAGACUAUUCUAGUUAGAGAGUUACUCAAUUGGCUUAUAUCAAUAAACGUGAAGCCUAAUUCAAUUACUUACAAUCAUUUUAUUCAUGGAUAUUGCAAGGAGGGGAAGUUAGUUGUUCUAAAGAGAGCUAUGUUUGAUCCUCUUGAGAUGUUCAACAAGAUUGCUGAAAACAAGAAAGAUGGAGAAGCUGUGGUGAUAUAUAAUGCGAGGAAUUCUGCACCGGGGAGAACUUCUCACCCUGGAUUUAUGGAGGAGGGUAGCUGUAGUGAGGCUUUAGUCAAGUUUAAGAAGGAUGAUGGUUCUAGUUUCCAUUAUUUGCCCCCAUGUUUGAUUAUUCAUGAGAAUGGCAAGACUGAUGAAGCUGUUAAGUUGAUCAUGGGUGCAAUGGAACAAAUGGGUGGAAUAUAUAUGGUGAUUGGUGUGGUGGUUGCAAAUCAUGGUAAGACUGAUGGCAAGAAGAAGAGGCCACCUGAGAGAAUUUGGGUGUCAUGCAUUAAUUCUAUCCACCUUGAGGAUAAGGUGGUUCUUUUGGGUAGGGUAUUGUUAUGCAUCAACUUUUGCCAUAUAUGA